AUGUCCGCGACACUAAGCAAACGGGCUGUGGUGUGCGACACAUCUAAGUCGCUCGUAUGUCCGAAAUGCGAGCCGGGUGUAACGCAAUGCGAGUUUAUCUAUCCCAUGAGCUUUGAGGAGGGCUGCGCCCGCGCCACCUGCGUCCCUGUUUCACCAAGCACAAGGCCAAACGACGGCGACGAUCGCUCGACCAACGUCGGCGCAAUUGCCGGCGGAGUAAUAGGCGGUCUUGCAGCCCUCGCCAUCAUCACGUAUCUGGUUUGGAGGUUCUGUGUGAGGACGCGGAGGCAACCGACCAUCAUGGAGCCAUGGGACGACGGGCAGGAUCAGCGUAUGGAGGGAGAGAAGACGUUCGCUCAACGACGAGACCACCGCGCCUCGACACAUACCACCCACUCGAUCGCCUCGACCGUCCUCACUCGCGCCUCGAACAUCAUCCAGAUCGCCUAUAUCCCGGGCGUCACCAACCGCGCGACAGCGUCUCCGACAGUCCUCGUCCCUCCCGUCCCGCCCAUCCCCAUCGCCGUCUCCCAAGCCGGCACCCCCGCCAGCACCGAGGAUCAGCACUUCUUUGUUCCGGGCGAUCUUCGCGAUUCCACCUACUCAGGGCUGUCGGCCUUCUCCGACCGCACUUCCUAUGCCCGCACCUCGUACGCCCCGCGGUCCAGUGUGGCGUCCACUAUUUACGGCAAGAGCGCUGUUGUCGUUGCUCCUGCCCAGACCGGCAUGCGGGCGAAGCCGGCCAUGGUUAGCGUGAAGUCAGGCCACUCCAACGGCUCGACCGGCAGCUCGACCCCGCCCGUCCCGUCUGUCGACUACGAAAAAUACAACCUGAUGCCGCGGCCCCCGAGCCCCGCGAACAGCACCUUCAGCGUCGGCUCAACCUUCCUCAACAACGCCAGCACUGCCACCGCUACCCCGGCCCGCGCCAUGGUCGUCCGCGUCGGGAGUGUGAAGAAGGUAGGCGCCAACAAGCCAUCGAGACUAUCUCCCGACUCCGACGCGUCUCCCUCGGCUUCAGGGUCCACCAUGCGCGACUCGUCGGCCGCCACCCUCAUCGUCGACUCGCCCGCCACAGAACAGAGCCCGUUCUCCGACCCGCCCAAAUCCGCCUCCCACAGCACCACCACGCUGAGCGCUGUUAUCGAGGAGGCCACGAGGAGGGCGUCGCAACGAGAUUCGACCCUCCCUCCCAAAGGGCGAGAGAGGAGUCCGUUUGGCGAUGAGCACGCUACGUCAUGA